AUGCUUGAUUCUUUCAUUCCCGCCAUCUUACGGCCGGACUUUACCUGGCCACGACCAGUGCCGUCUACAAUCUCGGAGACAACACCGCCCUUGCCCCAUAUUUCCAGCAGGAAUGUCAGGGUAGCAUGGGGCCUUGUGCACAAGUCUCUUUACUACUUUUCCCAGUGGUAUUGCUCCUGGUUCGGAAUCACAUUCAACGCCAAUAUCGUCCAAUUGCCAUUUGGACUCGUCAUGAAAUGGACAGAUCGGACUAGCAUUGAAGAAGUGGUUUCAAUGCAAAUGGCAGGUGCCGCCGGAAUUCCUGUUCCCAGGGUACUAAAUUACGGCGAACAUCUAAAGGCUCCAUUCAACAGGAAGAUAUCGAUCUUGAUGACCAGGCUGCCUGGAGUUCCCCUGGAAAAUUCGGAUGAUGAGCUGCAGGUCGACCUAGAAGAACCAUGGCUAGAGGAACUCAACAAAUGUGUGCGUUCAAUGCGUUCGUGGCUCCCACCUAACCACCAUUCCAUCUGCUCCCCUAUCGGAACGCCUCUGCGAAGUCCGCGGGUUCCUGGUCAUAUAAUGGGGCCCUUCACCGAUCAUACGCAACUUCUUGAAUAUUUGAUUUCGCCCGCUUCACCUCAUGGCUUUAAAACUAUGGUUGAAUACGAGGACACCCUAGCGUGUGCAAAAAAGCUCCAGCAACGUGAUUAUCGGAUUACAUUCACCCACGGGGACUUCAAGGCUCACAAUAUUCUAAUCGGCGACGAUGGGCAUCUAUCUGGGUUCUUGGAUUGGGAAUCUGCUGGGUGGUAUCCGGAAUACUGGGAAUACACAACAGCAAUGAGGUUUGGCAAAGGUAGCUGGUGGUUUCAAGUGGCCUCUUGGAUAGGAGGUGACCGAUACUUGGGUGAACUGGCUUCGGACAUCGCCCUUAACCUUCUAACGGUCGACUCAUACAUAGCAAUCUAA